AGAAUUUAAUUGAGUGUAAUGAAAGAAAUUGUAAAUUAUUAUGUAUUUUAAAACAUUUUAAAAUCAAUAAUCUACACAUAGGCUUUACUUCUAAGAAUAUUAAGUUUUUGCAUUUAUUGUUUAUUUAAAUCCAUAAAUCUCUUAUCCUAUAAAAGUUUUUUAUUUAAUACAAAAAAGGAGGAAAUUUUAUAUGAACUGUGCUUUCAUUCAAAUAUAUCUUGAGAUAAUACAAAAAAGAAGAAAAAAACAAACUCAUAGAGAGCAAAAAUAGACGGAGAAAAGAAAGUAAAAGACGGGAUCUCUGUUAGGCUCCGCCCACAUGUAGGCGGGCUCAGUCUAUCAGGUUUACAGGAAACUUGAAUAUCAGGAAGUCCUGAACUUUUUCAGAUUUCCUAUUAAAUUCGCCGAAAAUACGAGAUUAACCUUGAAAACACAACAUUUGUUGCAGAUUCCGAACAGUGUUUACAGUAUUGGGCUCACCAAGGUGAGGAGGCCAUGAACCGAGUCCCCCUGCAGCAGCCGCAGACCUGCGGGCCCUGGGAGCUGAAGGAGCGACUUGGAACGGGAGGCUUUGGGAAUGUCACAAGAUGGCAAAAUAAGGACACAGAGGAGCAAAUUGCAAUAAAGCAGUGCCGCCAGGAGCUGAGUGAGCGCAACAAAGAACGAUGGAAACUGGAGAUUCAGAUCAUGAAAAGGCUGUACCACGUCAACGUGGUGGCGGCUCGAGAUGUCCCUGCAGGGAUGCAGAAGCUUGUGACCACCAACGAUCUACCGCUGCUUGCCAUGGAGUACUGUCAGGGAGGAGAUCUGAGAAAGUAUCUGAACGUCCUGGAGAACUGCUGUGGAAUGAGGGAGGGCUCCGUGUUGAUUCUUCUACGGGACAUUUCUUCUGCCCUGACUUACCUCCAUAAUAAGAGGAUCAUCCACAGAGACUUGAAACCAGAGAAUAUUGUGCUGCAGCAGGGAGAGAAGAGACUGAUUCACAAGAUUAUAGAUCUGGGCUAUGCAAAAGAGUUGGACCAGAGCAGUCUCUGCACCUCCUUUGUGGGAACUCUGCAGUACUUGGCCCCAGAGCUCAUAGAGAGGAUGAAAUACACCGUCACCGUAGACUACUGGAGCUUCGGCACUUUGGUGUUCGAGUGCAUCACUGGAUUUCGUCCUUUCUUACCCACCUGGCAGCCGGUCCCCUGGCACAAUAAAGUCAGACUGAAGGAGAACGAUGACAUUGUGGUUUAUGAGGACCUCUCAGGAGAAGUCCAGUUCUCUAAACAUCUGCCCCAACCCAACAACCUCAACAGUUUGUUGUUGGAGAAGAUGGAGAGGUGGCUGCAGCUGAUGCUGAUGUGGUCCCCUCAGAAGCGAGGCAAAGACCCCAACGCCACACCCAGCAACUGCUUCUCCCAGCUGGAGCUCAUCCUUAAACUUAAGCUCGUGCACAUCCUAAACAUGAUAUCCGCUAAGAUCCUGACAUACUCGGUAGCAGACGAUGAGACGGUGGCCGACCUGCAGCUGAGACUAGAGAGAGACACCGGCAUACCUGCAGCCAACCAGGAGCUGCUGCUGGAGGCGGGGCUUGCCCUGGAGCCACACGUCCUGGCUUCACAAUGCGCCGUGGAUUACGCGGAGGUGGACGGACGGCGGAGAGACCUUCCUCUGGUCUUCUUGUUUGACCGUUCUUCCUGCACCUAUCAACCCCAGUUUGCUCCUCGAACACUUCCUGAAAAUAUCCGUUUUAUCCAAAUGGACCCCAAGCACAUCCUGCCUUACAGCCCUCUGAGGAGGACUUGUGGUCAGGCAUGGCACACCAUCCGCUCCCUGAAGGAAGACUGGCAAAGGCUGCAGCAGGGCCAGAAAGCUGCCAUCAUGAGCCUGCUGAGACACAACUCCUCACUGUCCAAACAGAGGAAUGAGAUGGUGUCCAUGCACCAGAGACUUACCGCCAAGCUGGACUUCUUCAACACCAGCCUUCACAUUGAUAUGGACAAAUACCAGGAGCAGACGGCCACAGGGAUCGCAUCAGAGAAGCUGAUGAGUGUGUGGAGGGAGAUGGAGCAAACGGCUGUCAGCUGUGGUCAGGAAAAAGUGUCUGACCUGGAGGACGAGAUGAUGCAGCUGCAGCCAGACAUCGUUGAUGUGCAGAGGCAGCCGUGGAGGUGUGGAGAGGCCUUGGACACGCUCGAAGGAAAAGCCAUGGAGCUGUUCCGAAAACUCAGAGAGAAACCCAGAGACCAGAGAUGUGCAGGAGACGGUCAGGAGGUGAUGCGUCUGGUCCUCCAGGCUGUGCAGGUCUAUGAGAGGAAGCUCAAAGAUUUCUAUGCACACCUCAGUAAGACCGUGCUGUGUCGCCAGCGUGUGAUGGCGCUCCUGCCAAAAGUGGAGGGCGUGGUCCAGAAGAUGGGGGAGAGCGAACAGGUCCUGAUGAGUCUGCAGGAGAGGCGACAGAAGGAGCUGUGGAACCUGCUCAAAGUGGCCUGUAGUAAAGUCCGAAGCCCGGUCAGCGGGAGUCCUGAUGGACUGCGAACUCCAUCAUCCGUGCCUCCUCUGCUGACCCCCAGAGACAGCUUACAGCAGAUUGAUGAGUCACUCCUGGAAGAAAGCAAGACGUUUGAGAGUCGCCUCCAGAGUUUACUGCACACCACCAUCCAGGAGUCAGAGAGCAGCAUGGAGAUGCUGAGAGAGUGGACGUGGCUGAGUGGAGACCAGAGUUUCUCCAGCGACCUCUCCUGAAUAGGACGAGCGUGGGGCUCUACUACCUCUUUGUGGACGGGAUGUGGGACUGCAGGGUGGGAGGGUUGCAGUUCUGUUAAUGGAGUACAGCCACUUUAUUUGCUGCCUUAAAACUAACACUAGCUGCCUUUCCAUUGACUAUAAAUUUGGACAAAUUAGAUUUGGGAUAAUAAAUUCACCUAAAAACUCCAAUUUAUCAAAAAAAGAUAUUUGCAAAUUGAGAUCAAAAUUGACAUAUUUUGCAAAACUGUAAUAGAAAACCUUUUUCUAAUCAAAUGACCAACAACCAGAUACCACGCUACACCUCAAGAGGUCCCACAGCAUCACAGCUCAUCAAAAGUUGAGUGUGUCAUGUAGAAUUGAUGGAUCCACAACUCCUCUGUAAAAUCACCAACCAUGAUUUCCCAAAAUCCCUUAAUCUGUAACAGUAGCUUCCACGUAGCUUGCCGCUCUGCGGCCUGAAUAAGACGUCUCCUUUGAUAGAUAAAGAUGAGCGCUAGUGCUGUGACAGAAAUCUGAAUGUAUCUGCAGUAAAUCAAAGAAUUGUUCACAUCCGUGAAUGACCUAUUGCGUGAGUUGGUUUGUGUUUAUUCGCAUGAUUAUCAUUUCAUUUUAUUUAUUUUUUUUACUUAUCCUGUCCUGUUAUCAUUUAAUUUAAGUAACAGUGCAGUUGCAAAAUAGUGUUUUUUCGACACUUCUAAAAUUUCAAUAACGUUUUGCACAUCAGUUUAAUGAAAACACAGCUAGUUGCUCUGGUUUUGAGGCUAAUACAUGAUCAUGGGUAAGUCAACCCCCCACUGUGGCAGUAACAGAAGUGACUGACCCACACAAGGAGCCAAUUUUUUAAAUGUAAUUUUAAUUGUAUUUAGGUUAUUGUAAAUAAUAUUUUCAUGAAUUUAAGAAAACUUGGAUGUUUUCUAUUUCAAAACAAACACCCAAUUUUAAGAGUAAGUCAAGUGUGAUAUCUUCCCGUAAUUAACUGUACUUAAGUUCAGAUCUCACAUUAAUUUUUUAUGUAAACUGAAAAUCAAACUUCAAAUGGAUGAAACUGACAUUUUGUUUUUUUAAAAGGCAUUAUAAUUUGAAUUUGUUUUUUCCUGUUAUAGUGAAAAGAUUUGACCCUUCACGAAUAAAUUAUUUUUUAAAUAAUGCUAAAUACACUAAUUACAUAUUCCUGGUUUCAGACUGAAAAACAUGCAUAUAUUAAAGAUUUUUAAACAUAUAAAAAAAAAAACCUUUGUGCAUCUUUUCCAUCUACAUAAAUGGAAAUAAAAAUAAUUUCAAAACGUUGUCUACUGUAGUGAUUAAAGGAUAUAUUGAGGGGUGAAAGCUGCAAACUCUGUGUAGCAUGAAUGGAGUAUGAUGGAGUAUUAGGGCCAGUUUACAAACAAAAGAAAAAAAUGAGUACAACUUUAAAUCCUAAAUUUACUAGAAAAAAAUCCUAACAGUGAAAUUACCAGAAUAAAGUCGUAUAUUUAUGAUUUUAAAAGUCCUUGACUGAAUUUUAGACUUUUUUUCUUGUAAAUUUGCAAAGAAAAAAAUAGUAAAAGUAAUACAUUUUUUACUUUUAAUCUUAUAUUACUUUUUUUUUGCUUGCUCUAAUUCUCUGUCAUAUUAGAGUGAUUGUAAUAAAUGAUUUAAACCUAAAAUUGAUUUUGAGCAGAAUGUCAGUUUUGACCCUGUGACCCUGAAAGGGGCGUAGCAAAGAGAGUGGAUGGAUAAAUGUCAAUUUUGUUUGUUUUUAUGGUUUCCCUUCAUUAAUUUUUGUUUUUCAGUACAAGUGUGACACUUUGAAUAAACUUUAUCUUAAAAGUUGUAAUUACAA